CUAGCCGGGCGUGGCCUACGACUGGGAGCCGGAGGUGCGGGGAGGGCGGCGGCGCAAGCCCAGACUUUGACCGACCUAGAGGAGGCCUCAGACCUGAGACCCUCCGCGUCUGGGGUGACACAGGGUCCUGGGAAGCGCCUUCAGCGAAGUCAAGGUUGACCUUGGCCUGCUGCGCUCCUGGCUAGCCCUGGGCACGCUCACGCUGACCUCAGGCUGCUCUUCACACCAGGCUGAAGUGACCCACACCAGGCCCUGCUCCCUAGAGCUGUACACCCUCCACCAGCCAGUGCCCCUAUCCCAGUCCUGCGGCCUUCGCCAUGGUGAAGUUGCUGCCAGCGCAGGAGGCCGCCAAGAUCUACCACACCAACUACGUGCGCAACUCACGCGCCGUGGGAGUGAUGUGGGGCACGCUCACCAUCUGCUUCUCCGUGCUGGUCAUGGCUCUCUUCAUCCAGCCCUACUGGAUAGGCGACAGUGUGAGCACACCACAGGCAGGCUACUUCGGCCUCUUCUCCUACUGCGUGGGCAACGUGCUCUCGUCUGAACUCAUCUGCAAGGGUGGCCCUCUGGACUUCUCCUCUAUCCCCUCCAGAGCCUUCAAGACCGCCAUGUUCUUCGUGGCCUUGGCCAUGUUCCUCAUCAUUGGCUCCAUCAUCUGCUUCAGCCUAUUCUUCAUCUGUAACACGGCCACGGUCUACAAGAUCUGCGCCUGGAUGCAGCUGGCUGCAGCCACAGGCCUAAUGAUCGGAUGCCUGGUCUACCCCGACGGCUGGGACUCCAGCGAGGUACGGCGCAUGUGUGGUGAGCAGACUGGCAAGUACACACUGGGCCACUGCACCAUCCGCUGGGCCUUCAUGCUGGCCAUCCUUAGUAUUGGAGACGCUCUCAUCCUCUCCUUCUUGGCUUUCGUGCUGGGCUAUCGACAGGACAAGCUCCUCCCUGAUGACUACAAGGCAGAUGGGAAAGAGGAAGUCUGACGUGACUGAGGCCUGGCGAGGCACACUUCGGGCAGGACAUUAUUUCCCUGGCAAAGAAAAUCAUAACUCAGAUCUUCAAAGAUGAAAACUUCCCCUCCAGCUUCCUACUCUCAGACCUUUCAGCCUGAGGCACAGAGUCCCAGGACAGAGUAGAACCCGUCAGUCUCCCGCUGCGCAGACAACUGUCCACAGCAGACACCACCACAGAAGGUGCAGCAAUCCACAAGACGGCAGUCAGGGCUGAGUGGCUGAGGGUGCUUCCCCACAGAGACCCACGGCCUCUUCUCAGCUAGCGUUUCCCAUCAGCAGGCUACCUCACUCUUUGGUGACCUCUCUGCUGGACAUUAAGUUUAUGAUCCAUGUCUGUGGGUCAGCAGCGCUGCUUUGCCUUCCCUUGUUUUCAUAUUGCUGCCCAGAGAUGGAUGAGGAAUAGAGAGCAAACAUAGGCUCAGGAACUUCCCAAGUUCAGCCGGGCAGUGGUGGUGCAUGCCUUUAAUCUUACCACUUAGGCAAAGGCAGGCAGAUCUCUGUGAGUUCGAGGCCAACAUGAUCUACAAAGUGAGUCCAGGACAGC